AUGGCAGACAGGGAAAAUGGCCAUGACGGCCACAUGAUCUUCCUCUCCCUUGCGAACGACGCCCCCAAACUGACGGAAGAGCAGAAGCAGCUCAUCAAGGACGGUCUGAUGAAAGCCCUGUUGGCGUAUGGCCCUGUGGGGGAGGUGCAGGUGGCCGGUGUGACUGAUGUCUUCAACGAUGCCGGCAAUCAGACCGUGGCUGUCAAGAUGGAGGUCAAGGUCACCGGGUCCAGGCACAACAUGGACGUCAAAGCCCUUGAGCGCAUCCUCAGUGAGCCGUCGCCACAGAAAAGAAUGCAAAAAAGCCUCAAAGAGCACGGCCUCGACACCAGAUCCUUGAAAUACGGUACCAUUCACGUGCUGCGUACACGGUGCGGCACGGUGUGCCGACACAUUCAUAAUCUUGUCCGGAUCAGACAUCACCGGGAGCAGCGAAGGCGAGGCUGCUGCCAUGGGCAAAUGCAAAGACGUCACUUGUGAGCCGUGCCGAGAUCCCCUCUCAGGUACACACACACACACACACACACAACGGCGGGCGAUACACACAAUUGCAAAGACGAUCGUUGUGACCCACUCGAUCAGGCAGGGUGAUCCUUGAUCGCGACUGGUGUGAGUCAUUCCGGCAAUGUGAGUGGCACACGCCCGUCUGUCCUUCUGCUGACGCCGGCUGCUCACCGAAAGGUCCACUGGGCAAGUGCUGCACGAGAUAUGAAAGGCUGGGAGACACGGCAGCAAAGAAACUAGCUCAAGGUACGAACAGCGGAAGACGCACAGACACACACAAGCAGCGGUGGUUGUGUGAUGCACCAGAGCGCCACACUCGCGUGUCUCAAGGCGACAGUCUGUUCCCGCGAUCCGCCAGCAUGAGCCAGUUCGCCGCACGAGUCCUCUCCAACUUCAACCAGGCGCGCCGUCUCCACUUCACGAGUUUGGCUUUCAUGCUACAGGGGCAGCCCCAGUGCAACAUACAGGACCCUCGUGUCGACCCAGAGGCAGUACUCAGCGCUUCCGUAAGCCUGCUGGCAGGAAAGGAAGUGCAGAGUCCUCUGGAGGAUUCGCACACAUGCUAAGUGCAGGCAUUCGCUCGCGGGGUGCUCGCCUUUGUCACACUGAUCAAGUACGGCAGGUGCGAGCGGGGCGUCGUGUCUGAGGCUGCGGUUGAGCAGCAGAUGAAACAGAUAUAUCAGCUUGAAGCCAUGCUGGCCGAUGUCUACCGAGUAAACCAAGUUCAUAUCAGUGUGCUUGUCAAUGCAUCGUAUGUGUGUCGGUUUGUAGGAGCUGCUCGUGACGAAGGCUGCACGGUCGCACAGGCCAGCCAAAGGUGACAGUCUGUCUCUUCCAUGCAGACACACACAAAACAAAGGCUUGUCUUAUUGUGUCCAGGUGCCAUCUCCUUGGAUGGUUCCUUGCACUACUUGCGAGAGCAAUGCGAUCGCAGCCGUCCAUCCAUCUCCCCCGUCGCCCCUCCCAUCACCACCCAGGAUACAGAAGCCGACCGACGGAUCGUCCUCGACAACUUCGCCAAUGCGCUGGGCACUCUGCUGAAGAUGAGUGACGACACAGGCAGUUUCAACGCAGGGAGGCUCGACAAGACACACAUAGCCAUUCACGAAGAGGGUUCCGCUGCUGGUGCCACGACCUGCAAUCGCAAUCAGAGCGAGGCGACAACCAAGGUGUAUUUUUCCAUCCAGGAAGAUCCCCAAUCGACCAAUGGCACUGACGGCAUGGAGUUGCUGGAGGGUCUGAUACGCGCGCGGGACACACUGGAGGCAGAGGGGUUCGGCGACUGCGGCUGGGUGCUGGCGGACAUCACGAAUGAGACAGGUUCGAAAAUGACACACGCGAGCCAAAGGUUGUGGCGUGACGGUAAGAUGUCUCUGUGUGCGUGUGUGUGUGUUUGUGUGAAAUGUGUCAGCGGACUACCGGAGUGACAUCGAAGCAGACGGCCAUCUGUCGGGUGGGCGGUCGGCAGGUGCCUUCGUCAACAGAGACAGCACCAGCCGGAAGCACGAUGCGACUCGGACAAGGAUGGCAGCGUCAGCGACACUCUCGCCCUCCACUGUAAUGAAGGCUCUGUCCGUGAUAAAUACGACGGCCGCAUUGGGGGCUCGUCACUCCAGCUGCGAUGCCCUCAGUAA